AUGGGUGCCACUAGCGAGGACGAGGGCUCCACGGGCGACGCCCUCGACAUCGUUCUCUACCUCUUCGUCCUCGGUCCCGCCGUGGAGUGGUGCCUCAAGUCGCCCCGCGUCAACAGAGGCCGUCCCGGGUCGUGGCGCGGCGUCUCGCUCGCGGUGCUGCUGCUCGCGCUCGUGGCGGCGGGCAAGAUGGCGUGGGAGUCUGGCACGCGGGAGCCGAACCACUUCGAGACGCUCGGGGUGCGCGUGGACGCGGGGACCGCCGAGAUCAAGCGGGCGUACAAGACCGAGAGCCUCAAAUACCAUCCCGACAAGACAGACGACCCGGCAGCGCCGGCCAUCUUCAUGCGGAUGCAGCGCGCGUACGAGACGCUCAAGGACCCGAGCUCGCGCGACGCGUACAACCGGUUCGGCGGCAAGAGCGGCGACGACGAGAGCGGCGGGAUGACGGGUGCGGCGAUGUUUUACGCCAUCUGGCUCGUGCUCGGCUACUUGCUCACGAUGGGGCGCGCCUCGGAGGACGCGCGGACGUGGGCCUUCUCUGGCCUGCUCGCCCUGGCCGUGGUGGAGUACCAGACGCGGGUGCUCCCGCACACGACCGUGCACGAGAAGCUCGAGCUGCUGCACCGGCUCUUCCCGCCCUUUCUGCACGGCUCGAGGAUGAUCUCGCAGGUCGUGUUUCGCGACAUCGGCGUCUACAACAAGAUGCUUGUGGAGCAGAUGCACGUGAAGGUGGACGAGCUCGGGAAGCUCGCCUACGCGACCCAGCGCGAGAUUGCCAAGCAGGGGAUCGCGCGGCCGUCGGGUGUUGCCGCGCCGCUGGCCGCCGCUGCAGACGGCUUCGCCAAGCUGGGGGGGGAGAAGGCUGCCGACGCGGCGCAAAACAACCGGAUGACGAACCUCAUCCUCUUCUUCCUGGUGUACGCGGGGUUCAAAUACGUAAUGGACAAGGACUAGGGACGUGCCCCCGCGGAGAACGUCGUACGUUGGCCCGGCGGCGGCCGAGGAGGAGCGCUGUGAGUUGGUUGAGAGGCAAAGCUUGAGAGACGAGCGAGGCCAGCGAGGCGGGAACGAGCGCCGGUGCGGGGAGCGCGGCGCCGGCACUGGUGCGCAUGCCGCAUGGAUACUUCCAGUUGUGAGAGAGUGCAGAGAGUAUAAUAGAAGCAAGUUCGAAGGUCCGACCCGC